AUGACGUCUAGCGAAAGAAGCAGUGAAGAGCAGCAACCGAUUGUAGCGCCGCCGCAUCGUGUGUCCAUCGGACGUGGAGGAAGAGGAAAUAUGAUCGGACCAGAAGAGAUCAAGUAUGAGUUGAAGAAAGCUUCGAGUUCUGACGAGUAUGAUGCACUGGCCGAACAUAAUCACCGCAGAUCAAGCAGUAGUUGGUCCUUACAUUCCAGCAGCAGUCAAGGGACGUCCAAAACAGAAUCUCUCAAGGACUUCUUUAGACGAGGCAGUCAGAGCAAACGGAAGAGUACGAGUCAAGAUGAAAUUGCGGAAGGCGAGGAAGGAGAUGGAGAACUGAAAGCGUGA